CAUAGGUGUAUCUGUACAGAAAGGUAUAAGGGAGUGUAUUGUGUAAUUCGGUAUUGGCCGGUACGGCUCCCCCUCCUCUUUCCUCGAGACCGACUAAAUCUACCAAGUCAACUACUAAACUACACCUCUCCAAUCCAUCUUUCUUCUUCUCUUCUUCUUCUUCUUCUUCUUCUUUUCUUUUCUUCUCUUCCUCUCUUCCUCCUCCUCCCUCCAGUUAAAUUCCCAUCUUCAACCUCCACAUCUCUUUCUCCGUUCAACCUCCUUUUCCAAACCCAACAAUCCCCCCUCAAUCCAACCGUCUCCUCCCGGUAAGUCACUGACAAUCCCCCCCGUUUUCUCUUCCUUUCCACCCUGUUCCCCUCUUCCUCCUUCUGGCUAUUCUUCCCUCUUCCCCUCCAAUCACCUCACUGGCCUGACCCCUACCCUUUCAACCCUCUUCUUCCUCCCUUUUUCCCCUCCCGCAAAAAAAAAAAAAAAUUUAUCUACAAUUUGUCGGGCUCUUCUCUACUUCACC